UACUAUAUAGUGCCAGUUCGACAACAUCAGGUUUAGUUUAUAAUAAUACAUUCUUGAUAGUUGAUAGAUUGGUAUUAUCUAUCUCUUGGUAUAAAUUUAUAAUAAAUAUCCUUGUAAACUUGUGUGAUAGCACCCUAGAAGAGGGGACUAUUUUUUGAAGCGGUUGUUUACUACGUUAAUCGUUGGCGAAAAGAAGCAGGUUAGGUUGGUGAGUGUCGAAGAACACAAGAUGAUUCGUAGGUCACCAUGAAAAAGGAAUGUUUCAUCCAGCGACAAUUGAUUCACUCUUGGCAAACAUAAUAGAUUUUUCUCCUUGUUUAGAAUAUUCAAGUGUCGGCAAAUAUUGACAUUGUAACCGACGAAUUCCUUUUAAAAGCGUAAACCACGAAAAGGAAACAAGACAGCACUAUAUCUCACUCGAACACAAACACAUUUUAUCCUUUAUCUGGAAUUAUAUUACAUAUUCCUAAAAAUUGCCAACUCUUUUUCUCAAUAGGCAUUCUUUGAAUGGAAAAAAACAUUUUUCAUCAAGUCUUUUUGCAUGACUUGAGUAUUUAAACAUAUACACAUCCAUAAAAAAUAUUACACCUUUAAUGUAUGUAUAUACAUGUAUAACAAAUAGACAUAAUACAUUUCUUUCUUAAACAUAUUAAAGGUGAUCGCGACUUGGUUCAAUUUUUAUACUCUCUGCAGCCUUAUUUUGCUGAUAAUUUCAUUAAAUAUCUGUUUUGACUUGCAACUUUAAGGACAUUCGCGAUGAGUGGCGGUUUAAGAACCCAUAAGAGAGACACGAAGAUGCGCAUUAGGGCCUUUCCUAUGACAAUGGAUGAGAAGUAUGUCAAUAGUAUUUGGACAUUGUUACGAAAUGCUAUACAGGAAAUACAGAAAAAAAACAACAGUGGACUUAGUUUUGAAGAACUUUAUCGUAAUGCUUAUACAAUGGUGUUGCACAAACAUGGAGAAAAACUCUAUACAGGUCUACGUGAGGUAGUAACUGAACAUUUAAUUAAUAAGGUAGGAUUGAUUACUAAUUCUGUUUUGGAUACUCAGUUUUUUUCUUCCUAAUACUUUAUAUAGAAU